UUGGUUCAAACCGAAGGAAAACUCAAAGAAUUAGUUUCUAUUGAUGCGAAUAACAGUUUAUUAGAAGCAGCUCGACUACUUGCUCAACAUCGUAUUCAUCGACUACCAGUUCUCGAUCCUGAAUCGGGUAGCCCGCUUUUUAUCCUCACUCAUAAAAGACUACUAAAAUUUUUGUGGUGCUUUGGUCAACAAUACUCCCAACCGGACUUCCACAUCAGAACUGCAAAGGAUCUGAAUGUAGGCACAUGGGUUGGCAUUCGUGUGGUGUUUCCGGACACUCCGUUGACCGACUGUCUUGAUAUCCUUUUGAAUAAAGGUGUCUCAGGGGUUCCUGUUGUCGAACGGGAUACGUUUAAAGUUGUUGAUAUGUACUCUCGCUUUGACGCCGUUGGCAUAGCAAUGGAAGAAAAAGCAGACAGCUUAGAAGUCACCGUUGAAGAAGCUCUCAAGUUCAAGAACCUAGGCACAAAAGAAAGCGACCGGGUCGUUGCUGUACGAGAUACAGAUACUCUUUGGAAAGCCAUUACGGUACUAGUGGAACGAAAUGUUCACCGUCUUUGUGCUGUCAAUGAGACGGGCGCCAUCGAGGGAAUAAUCUCGCUUUCCGAUGUCAUUAAUCACAUGGUGGUUAAGCCUGGUGAGAAUUUGAAGCCAAUAAGAGUUCCACGAAAGCAUUAUUCUCAUCAUCCAUUUGAAUAUAACGAUAAGGAAUAUCGUAAUCGACUUCACGAUAGUGCUACGUUACUAGAAGACACUGCCACUGGUAAACUACAGAAAGAACUCAGUGAUAUGAGUAUUCGUUAA